AUAACCUAAAAAUUUAGUAAAAAUUUUGAUUGGAAAAAAAUGCAUCGAUAAGGGGGUGAAAAAUGGAAAUUAGUGGCUUUUUUUGCUAUACUCAACUGUACUGUUUAGUAUGCUAGUUUUGGCUAUGGCUGGAUCUCUUAAACAAUUAUAAUCAGCUGAAAGUGGUCUACAAAAAACCAGAUAUAACCAAAAUAAAGAUAUAAAAAGUGUAUUGGCUAAUUGGAAGAAACAACAUUGUCCAUGCAUAAUAAGUUAUUACUUUAUAAACAAAUAUUAAUACCUAGGAAUGGAACCUGGAUAUAAUCAUCAAGAAGAUAGCAGGAAUCCCGACAAACAACUUAAAUAAGUACAAGAAUAUUGAGGAAAUCCUCCUCGAUACUACUGGGCAAACUAGAAGAUUGAAGAGGACAAAGCCUUUUGAACUAGUUUGAGUGAUAGGUGAUAGUGAAAAGCAGAGCAUAGUGCGUGAUGUGGCUGUGUAUGUUAGAAUAGUGCAUGAUCUUGUUAGAUUAGAUAAGAGACGCUAUCGGGUAAGCUCUUCAUUUUAAGAAACAUUAGUAAUUUAGGUUAAAUUAAAAUUGCUCAUUGGUCAGUUAUGACCAGAUUGCUUUUUUUAUGUUUGGCAAAAAGGGCGUAAGUCAGAAUUGCACAUUGCUAAUGUUUUGAUGAUUUCUGGACCAGCAAAAAACUGUUGUAGACGUAAACUGUAUGUACCAAUAAAAAGAGCCGAUUUUUCUGGUCCAGAAAUCAUCAAAACAUUAUCGAUGUGCAUUUCUGACUUAAGCCCUUUUUCCCAAACAUCAGAGAAUUGUAAUGUACAAAUUCUCCUAUCUGAUUUUUCAUGAAUUUUGUAGGAGACGAAAAACCAUUUUUAGGAUCAUCUCCUGCUUUCACAUGUAAAUUUUGACAUGUCUUGUAGUAAAUAGAUAGUUGAAUUUACUACAAAACAUGUCAAAAAAUAUAUGAAAACAGGAGGUAACCAUAAAAAAGUUUUUAGUCUCUCUUACAAAACUCAUGAAAAAACAAAUCGGAGGUAUGUCACAUCAGUGACUAUAUCCAGGGAAUGUCUAAAAAAUAUACUUUGAUGUCCCAAGAACCAAAUAUAACCUUUAUAUAUAUACAGGGUGUAACAAAAAUACAGGUCAUAAAUUUAAUCACAUAUCCUGGGACCAAAAAUAGUUUGAUUGGACCUAACUUACCUUAGUACAAAUGUGCACAAAAGAAAAGUUACAGCCCUUUGAAGUUAUAUAUUAAUAGCACCAAGGGCCUUAGAGGCCCAUGGCUUGAAAAGUUUGUUUUUUCUUCAUUUUCACGUUUCUUUAUGUAGGGGAGCCUGGGUACGGUUGUAACAGGGUACGGUUGUAACAACUCGAAUAUUAUCGAAACUGUGUAUGGUAGGCGAGGGGCACAAGGGAAGGAAUACGCAGACAACGUGUCCCGACACGAUUGUCAGUGCUGCAUCACCUUUCGCGCGGUAAUUACACUUACAGUGAGACCUAUUGUGUUUUGUCAACGAAAAGUAAGUAUUUUUGAGGAAUUUCUUUCUAUUAUAACUUAAAUAUUAAUAUUGUCACGUAUUUCAAAAUAUGCUUAUAUAAUCGUCGCAGUUUAGAGAUUAUAAUAAGCAUAUAUGUUUUUGUAUAGGUUAUGCUACUUCGUGCUUGCGACAGUAUUAUUAUCAAAAUGGGGGGGUGGGGACGGUUGUAACGAUUUUCAUGGGGACGGUUGUAACAGUAAUUUUAAUUGUAAACCGGCGUUACUACAGUACAUAAGCCUGACAGGGUUGUUGCAAGACGUGGCACAAGGCAGGUGGGCGCAAUUACUUCUGCUGAACGAGGCUCUUUGGUCACACUAGCAUUUACAGCUAACGCAUUAGGCAACGCCAUUCCACCUAUGUUCGUGUUUCCUCGAAUUAGAUAUCAAGAGCAUUUCAUUAGAGACGGACCAGUGGGAUCAAUCGGUGCCGGUAAUCCAUCAGGGUGGAUGCAAGAAAAGUCAUUCAUUAUAUUUCUUAAACAUUUUCAAAAACAUACGAAUGCCUCUUUGUCGCAUAAGAUAUUAUUAGUGCUAGACAAUCAUUCGCCCCAUAUACAUAUCAACUCCUUAGAUUUUUGCAAAGAUAAUGGGAUAGUAUUACUGUCAUUUCCGCCCCACUGCUCUCACAAGCUACAGCCCUUAGAUAGAUCCGUUUAUGGGCCUUUCAAAAAAGCCAUUAAUACUGCCUGUGAUACCUGGAUGCGAAAUCACCCAGGAAAAGUCAUGACUAUUUACGACAUACCGGGUAUUGUAACUAUCGCAAUGCCACUUGUUUUCACUCAGGUGAAUAUCCAGGCCGGAUUUCGAAAGAGAGGGAUCUUCCCAUUCAACCGCGAUUUGUUUCAAGUAAUUGAUUCUGCGCCAUCGUUCGCGACAGACAGGCCUAAUCCAAAUGCUACUGAAGAGGUGGGCAUUUCUAAUCAACAUAGCAUUAGACUUGCACCUGAUGACGAAUCACUAUCACCUUCGUUACUGAAGGAGGAUUCACCUUCAUCCAGCGCAGUAAGCCCCACUGAGCCCGAAACUAGAGCUUCAACUAAAGAAUUUACUAACAGUGAUCCUAAAAAGGAAACAUCCAUUGACCAUCAAAUGCUCACACUAAUUGAAAUAUCCGAGCUCGAAGCAACAAUAACACCGCCUAGGCAAACAUCUCUAGAACCUAGCCAAGAAUGGCAAGCUGGUACAGUGAAUCUGGAAUCAGACAUCUCUCCUCGUGAUGCUGUUUUGUGUCAGCCAUCAGAACCGUCUACAAGCAAGCAGUCUGUCUUCUCGCCUGAGACUUUACGGCCUUACCCUAAAGCUCCACCUAGAAAACUAGGAAACAGAGGUCGAAAAACCAAAAAGUCUGCUAUCUACACAGAUACUCCAGAAAAGGAAGCUGCUAGAAAGGAGUAUGAAGAGCGACAAAAACGGUUGAAAAAUAGACGAACAAAGAAAAAAGUACUCGAAUCAUCUACUGGAAAGGUAAUCAAAAACAAAGGGAAAGGAAAAGCGAAGAAAAUGAAGAUUAAUACACCAUCAGAAGAAGAAUAUUAUUGUCUUAUUUGCUUAGAGAUCUAUUCAGUGAGUCGAUCUGGAGACAGUUGGAUUCAGUGCCAAGGUAGCUGCAAACAAUGGUCUCACGUGGCCUGUAUACUGAUGGAAGUAGAUAUUAUAUAUGCCACAACUGUGAUGAGUCUGAUUAAAAUAAUUUGUUUAAACUCAGAUUCUGUUUGA